AUGGAGAACUUCAAGAAGGUGCGCACUGAGGAGGCAGACACGGAGGCUGAGAGCCCCGGGCCCUUCGCCGACCUGGCCCCCGGCGCCGUGGAGAUGAAGGUGAAGGAGGGCAGUAAGAUCCGCAACUUGCUGGGCUUCGCCACCGCGCGCAUGGAACAGCCAGCCACUCGCACCAUAGUCUUCAGCGGCUGUGGCCGCGCCGUCACCAAGACUGUCACCUGCGUGGAGAUUCUGAAGCGGCGGCUGGCCGGCCUGCACCAGGUCACUCGGCUGCGCUACCGGAGCUUACGCGAGGUGUGGGAGAGCCGCCCGCCGCCGCCCGGCAGCCCGGGCCCCAGCCUCAGCGUGCACAAGAACGUGCCUGCCGUCUCCAUUCUGCUCUCCAAGGACGCCCUGGACCCAGGGCAGCCGGGCUACCAGCCUCCAGAGCCCCGGCCCGACGCGCAGACCUGGGCGCCGGCGCUGGCGCCAGCGCCGCCUACUGCCCCGGGACUGAAGAGGAGCCCCGGCUCGCCCGCGGCGGAGGAGAGGGCGAGUAAGAGGCUGCAGGGCCGCGAAAGGCCGGGUGCGGCGGGGGAGGGGAGCUGGGACGGGGCCGGCUGA